AUGGCCGGUAACAUCCGUCUGCAGCGGCGGCUGCAGCGCAAGGCGAAGGCGCGACGGCAGCAGCUGAGCUACCGCACGAUCCGCUCCACGUUCCUCGUCGCCGCGCUCUGCUCCGUCACGUACGCGUGGGUCAUCUUCCUCAAGGGCUCCAGACCAUAUUGGUGGUGGGGUCUGUCCACGGGCGACCAUCCUGAGCUGAUCAAGGCCCGCUUCGCCAGUAGAGCGCGUGAGCCAGCAACGUUGUGGGACAACCCCGUGAAGGGCAAGUGGCAGCAGUGUGUGCGACCCUCCCCAGCAUACGCUGAAGCGCCUCUGUACGAGUCAACAGGGUACCUGCAGGUUUUCUUAGAUGGCGGCCUCAACCAGCAACGCAUCAGCAUCUGCAACGCAGUGGCAGUGGCGCGCCUGCUCAACGCCACGCUGCUCAUACCGCACUUUCAAAUCAACCCUGUGUGGCUCGACGACAGCCAGUUCGAGGACAUAUUCGAUAUAGAGCACUUCAUGCGCUAUCUUAAGCGAGACGUGCUGAUAGUGAGGCAGCUGCCGCACAAGUAUCGGUGGAGCACGAGGGAGUUCUACAGCACGGGCGUGCAUGAGAACCGCAUCAAGUUCGCCCCCAUGCACGCCACGCCUCAGUGGUACCUCAAGAACGUGCUACCAAAGCUACAGCGCCACGGCGUGGUGGCAAUAGCCCCCUUCACCCACCGCCUCGCCUUUGAUGGCUUGCCUCCAGACGUGCAGCGCCUGCGCUGCCGCGUCAACUUCCAUGCGCUGCGAUUCGUGGAGCCUGUCAGGAGGCUCGGGAAGAUUUUAGUGGAACGGCUGAGGGACCCCAACAGACGGCAUGUGAAGCGAGGCGUGCUGUUUGGGAAGGGAGGCGAUGUCUCGAGCUAUGGUGGCAAGGGGAAGGUGGUAGGGAUUGGGGAGGGAGCAGGGGAAGGAGAGAAAACAGCAGAGAAAGAAGCAGUGGACGAAUCAGAGAAAGCUGCAGAGGUGGCAGCAGAGAAAAUAGCUGAGAUGGUGGGGAAGUUGCAGGAGGAGGGUCUUGCUGGUGCUGAUGCUGGGGAGGGUGGAGAGAAAGCAGCGGAGAAAGAAGCAGAUGAGGAAUCAGAGAAAGCAGCAGAGGUAGCAGCGGAGAUGGUGGGAGCCUUGCAGGAGGAGGCUGGUGCUGGUGCUGCUGCUGGAGAUGCUGCAGGAGAGGGUGGAGAGAGGGCGAAGGUUGUGAGUGAAGCCAAAGGGGAGUCGAAGGAAACAUCUCAAGAGAUUCUUGCAGGGGAAGACGAGAGGAAGAGAGGGCGGGAGGAGGAGGGCAUGGGUGGAAGCGAUGGGACAGCUGUUGCUGGGGUGGAGGUGAUUCAAGAUGGAAAAGGCCUGACUGGGGCAUCCGUUGGUGCAGAUGGUGGUGGUGAUGAGGGUGACGACGCUGGUGAGAGUGAUAGUGGUGAUGGGGGUGGUGGGGGCGUUGGUGGUGGUGGUGGUGGUGGUGGUGGUGGGGGCGUUGGUGGUGGUGGUGGUGGUGGUGGUGAUGGUGGUGGUGGUGGUGGUGGUGGGGGCGUUGGUGGUGGUGGUGGUGGUGGUGCAACUGGUGCAAGUGGUGCUGCUGCUGUUACUAGUGCCUCGCAGCAAGGGAGCAAAGGUGGUAUUGAAGCAGUGGAGGAGGAUGAGGGGGAAGGGGAGGAGGAGGCGGAUGGGGAUGAGGAAGGGGGGAAGGGAGGGUAUGCAGGGCGGAGGCUAAUGGGCUUCUUUAGCCAUGGAGGCCUGGGUUGUACUGCCGGUGGUGGGGGCAAGAGGAGGCUGCUGCAGGAGAGUCAGUUGGGAGAGAGGAGAGAGGGGCGCGGAGGAAGUGUGGUGGCGAAGGGAGGUGGAGGUGGAGGUGGAGGUGAAGGAGGUGGAGCAGUGGUGGGCUGGAUUGGAGAGGAGGACUCGGAGGAGGGGAGUGAGGGGGCGUUUUGGAGUGAAGAUGGGGUGAUCGACGAGGCGGCGAGGGAGAGAGUGAGACGGGCGUUGCGAGCAGGGAGAGGGGGCCGAGCGGCGACAGAGCGAGCAGGGAGAGGGGGCCGAGCGGCGACAGAGCGAGCAGGGAGAGGGGGCCGAGCGGCGACAGAGCGAGCAGGGAGAGGGGGCCGAGCGGCGACAGAGCGAGCAGGAAACGCGAGUGCAGGGAGUGUGAUAACUGGGAACGGCAGUGUGGGGAACAGCAGUGGAGACAGGAAAGUGGAGGUGGGCGUUGUGCUGGAUGCACAGGGGGGUCCCGUGGAUGGUUUGUCGCAGAUAGAAGAGAGUGAUGAAGGGGGGGACAUUGGUGAUGGGGAGGGCAGUCCAGGCGGGAUCCGCAGCGGCAGUGGCAGCAGUGGCAGCAGUAAGGAGAGUGAUGGGGGUGGCAGCAGUGGCAGCAGUGGCAGCAGUAAGGAGAGUGAUGGGGGUGGCAGCAGUGGGUUGUUGAGUGGUCGGCCGCUGCUGAAUAAGGGAGUGGGGUGGGGGCGCAAGGAGGGAAAGAGGAAGAAAUAUGUGGCCAUGCACCUGAGGUUUGACAUGGACAUGGUGGCUCACUCGGCGUGUGACUAUGGCGAAACCUGGGCGGAGCGAGAAGCCCUUUCGAAGUAUAGGGAGUAUGCAUGGCUGGGCCGAGUGGACAAGCUGCGCUUCUCCUCCGAUGAGCUGCGCCUGGCGGGCAAGUGCCCGCUCACACCAGAAGAAGUGGGGCUCGUGCUGGCAGCUCUCGGCUUCUCUGCCAAGACAAGGCUCUAUGUGGCAACUUAUCAGGUGUAUGGGGGUGAGAAGCGCAUUGCUCCCCUACGCCGCCUGUUCCCGUGGCUGGAGGACAAGACGAGCCUGGCGACGGAGGAGGAGUUGAGGCCGUUCCUGGGGAAGGCGUCGCUGCUGGCAGCACUGGACUUCUAUGUCAGCCGCUACAGCGACGUGUUUGUGUCUGCUUCUCUGGGCAACAUGCAUAAUGUGAUGGCCGCACAUCGUGCCUACUUUGGCGGUUUAAAGACGAUAAACUUCAAUGGUACACUCCUGGCAACGCUGCUUGCGGCUCCUCCAAACGCCCUCAACUGGAACGAGUUCGUUCGCGCAGUUCGGAUCGGGCAUCGGUCGCGGAUGGGCAAGAUAAAGCCGAGGCGUCCUGGACAAUCCAUCUACACGUAUCCUGCUCCCGAUUGCUUGUGUCCCGUGGACGUACCUCCAUCGCAGCCCACUGUUGGCGCUGAAUCAAGUGUUAGGAACAGCGGAUUGAUUUCUGUAACGAAUGGUAUUAGUCAUUUAUCAGGGAAGGAGGCUGAAGCUGCUCAAAAAGACGAUACUGCUGUUGGUAGGGAUAGGAUAGUUGUAGGAUACAAGAAGGCAGCUGAGGGUCGUCGCAGAUUGAGACUACUGACGACACUGCAGUCGAUCUACUCCUUCCUGCGUGUCCUCAUAGCAGCCGCGCUCAUGGCCCGCCCUCUUAUCACAGCACGACUGCGCGGCAGCACGCAUGGGGGAACGGUCGCGCUGCAGGUGGACGUGAAGGAGUCGCUGGCAGCAGCACUUGGAGCAGCAGCAGCUCUGACGGGGAAUCUAGCAUCUGGCACAUCACGGGCGCGAGUGCUCAAGCUGUACGGCACACUUUCCCUCAUGGCCUGCCUCGCUGCUCUCCUCCCCCUCCUCACUGGCCCCCUUGUCUACCCGAAAAAAUGGAUGACCGUGAGGGGCAGUGGCAGCAGCAACAGUGCGGAUGGAGCAGAUAAUCUGGAGCAGCUUUGGACUGCUAUAGCCACGGCCAGCAUUGCCAUUGACAUGGCAGGAGCCCUGCUUCAUCUUGUGGUGGUAGCCGAGUCCGAGUCGUCGGCCCUGAAACCGUCGGAAUGGAGCGACUGUGGCGGUUAUUUCACCGCUCCGUCCAAGGACCUGUAUUUCUACAAGGCUGGAAGGUCGAUGAGCGAGGGGCUCAACGAUUUUUGUCCUCCUGGUUUUCCUGAAGCUUUCAAGUACACUGGACGCGUGUCACGGCUUGCGAUGUCCGCCAUUGCUCGGCACCUGAAGCUUCGCGGCGACUUCUUUUCAGCGUUGCUCGAUGACUGCCCGUUGCCGGUCGGCGAAGUUUCGUCGUCCGUUUUAGCCGCGACGUGUCAAAGGAGCGACUACUCCAAACCCGACGACGCAGCUGGAAGCGUGUCCGAGGCAUCGGAGACGGAGAAGGGCCUUUUGAUGCUCGUGACGGCCGAUUUCCCGGGCCUUCAGGUGUGCAAUUCCGAGGGCGUCUGGUCGCCGGCGGAUCAGGGCGUGCCGCCGGGAAGCCUGCUGCUGCUGGCCGGCCGUUGCCUUCAUCGCACCACGGCCGGCCUCUGCCCCGCCUCCACCUACCGCGUGCUGCCGCCCGCCUCCGCGGGAACCACCAGGUGUUCGUUGUCGUUCCGCCUGAUGCCGCGUCCUGCAGCGCCGAUUGACUGCUCUCCGCUGAUUCACGCGGGUCACGCAGUCCCCUCGAGCAUGCGAGCCGUCGUUCACGCUGGCCCGUUUCUCGAUUCGUUAAGCUCGUUUGCUCACGAUGCUGCUGGCGAUUCGAAGGAGUCGAGCAUGGCUGUUGCGUGCAAGCUGGAAAAGGCUUCGCUUUCCUCAAUGGUUGUAGAUCCUGCCUCAGGGUCUCUUCUUGAGGAUGCAAUGAUCGCUCCGUGUGGCCAUUCCUUUGGUGGAGCGACGCUGUCUAGGGUCAUUGACUCUAUGCUUUGUCCUUACUGCAUGGCCUCGGUAGACAUCAUGACUCUAAUUCCCAACUUAGCCAUGAGGUCAGUGGCGUCCUGCUUCCGCCCUGGUUUGUCACAUGGAGCUGGCGUCAAGGUCCCGAAGAGAAAACGGGUGAAGGAGUUCGGAGAAGGGAAAGACCCGUCUGAAGCUGUCAAACGCAGAACCAAGACUGAAGAUGCAAUGCUUACUGGCUCGUUUGAAGGAGAUGCGUUUGGGCGUCCAAAAGGAGUACAGUUUCCAUUUUCUGUGAAUGACAAAGUACUAAUCAAGGGAAACAAGCGCACUCCUGAGAAGUUUUUUGGCAGGGAGGCAAUCAUUACAUCUCAGUGCUUGAAUGGCUGGUACUUGGUUCGCAUGCUUGACACUGGGGAAAGUGUUCGCCUGCAAUACCGCUCUCUUCAGAAAAGUGAUGGAACAACUCUGGAGACUGGCGACACUUGUCUCUCUAGCAGUCCAGAUGCGCAGAUGGAAAGGAAGCACGGAGCAGACUCUACAGCAGAAAUGUCGGCUCUGUUGCAAGAAGACGAGAAAGAGGACAAAUUUAGCCGACCGAUUUCGCUAGCACUACUGGACGAAUCUGCCCCACAACCCAGUACUCAUGAGCCUGCACCUGCUGCUCGUCUUGAACAACCCCCCUUUUCUUCAACAGCCAGCCAUCUUGCUGUGAGCAAUGCUGCGGAUAUGGCAGCACCGCGUGACUCCCAUGCAUACCUGGGAGCUCAUGGAUCAAGCCUUGCCAAGCAGACUCAAGCACUGAUUGCUGCAGCAGCAGCCAUGGAAGAGGAAUCAAGAGAGCCUGCGUGGAAUGACGGCGGCGGAUACUUCCAGGCACCUUCCAAGGACCUGUACUUUUACAAGGCCGGCAGGUCGUUGAACGAAGCAAUCAGCGACUCAUGCCCGCCGGGGUUUGCGGAAUCGUUCAAGUACUUGGGGAAGGUCUCGCGGUCCGCCAUGUCAGCUCUCGCUCGCCACCUGAAAGUCCGCUGCGAUUUCUUCUCGAGUCUGCUCGACGACUGCCCGUUGCCGAUCGGCGAGGUGUCCUCCUCCGUGCUCGCCGCAUCGUGCCAGCGCAGCCAAUCUCCUCAAGACGGCUCCGCCAGAGUGACACCAGAAGCCACUGAAAUUGAAAAGGGCCUUCUCAUGCUCGUCACAGCCGAUUUUCCAGGCCUCCAGGUUUGCAAUUCCGAGGGCGUGUGGUCGCCGGCGGAUCAGGGCGUGCCGCCGGGAAGCCUGCUGCUUCUGGCCGGCCGUUGCCUCCAUCGCGCCACGGCCGGGCUCUGCCCCGCCUCCACCUACCGCGUGCUGCCGCCCGCCUCCUCGGGAACCACUCGGUGCGCGCUCUCGUUCCGCCUCAUGCCUCGCCCAUCCGCGGUGAUUGACUGCGCCGUGCUGGCGCACGCGGGGCACGCUGUGCCUGCGGGCGUGCGCGAGAGUGUGUGCGCGGGGGCUUUCAUGGACUCUCUCUCCGCGUCCUCCGCUGACCCGGGAAGCAUUGACAGAGAAUCCAGCCUGGCGGUUUCAUGCAAGCUGGAGAAGUCUUCUCUUGCAUCCAUGGUCUCGGACCCCGUUUCGGGGUCGUUGCUUGAGGAUGCGAUGGUGGCUCAAUGCGGGCACUCCUUCGGCGGAGCAACACUCGCAAGAGUCAUGGACUCGAUGGUGUGCCCAUACUGCAUGGCUCCUGUAGACGUCAUGGCGCUCAUUCCCAACCUCGCUGUGAGAUCCGUGGCAUCGUGUUUUGGAAAAGGCCUGCCGCACCACACAGGGGCGGGGGCGGGGGCAGGGGCAAAGGCACACAAGAGGAAGCGAGACAGGGAGCACAUUGGCGAGGGCAAGCUCUUGCCAGAGGGCUCCCUGCCUCAACCAGUCAAGCGCCGCCCCAAGCCUGAGGACUCAGGCCUGCUCGGGUCUCCUGAUGCUGAAGGUGGUGGCCGCCUGAAAGGCGUGCAAUUCCCGUUCUCCGUGAACGAAAAAGUCCUGAUAAAGGGGAAUAAGCGGACGCCUGAGAAGUUCUUUGGCAAAGAGGCAGUGAUCACUUCUCAGUGCCUGAAUGGCUGGUACCUCGUGCGAGUGCAGGACUCAGUCCCUCAUGCUGUCUCCACCGUCCAGCAGCCAUCUGGCAAUGCUGACCUCACCGCCGCCGCCCAACAGCCAUGCUGCAAUGAUGAGCCCGCCGCCGCCCAUGGGCGGGCGGCCGUCCAGUGUGGCGGAAUCGAGCUGCUUCGAGGCGGCUCAGACCCAGCAGGCUGGUCAUUCUGCAGUGCCUGUGCAGCAGCAGCAGCAGCAACAACAUCAGCAGCAGCAGCAGCAGCAACAACAUCAGCAGCAGCAGCAGCAGCAGCAGCAGCAGCAGCAGCAGCAGCAGCAGCAGCAGCAGCAGCAGCAGCAGCAGCAGCAGCAGCAGCAGCAGCAGCAGCAGCAGCAGCAGCAGCAGCAGCAGCAGCAGCAGCAGCAGCAGCAGCAGCAGCAGCAGCAGCAGCAGCAGCAGCAGCAGCAGCAGCAGCAGCAGCAGCAGCAGCAGCAGCAGCAGCAGCAGCAGCAGCAGCAGCAGCAGCAGCAGCAGCAGCAGCAGCAGCAGCAGCAGCAGCAGCAGCAGCAGCAGCAGCAGCAGCAGCAGCAGCAGCAGCAGCAGCAGCAGCAGCAGCAGCAGGGGGGUGUCUGGCCCAAGGGACGCAUGCACUGAUUGCUGCAGCUGCAGCUGUGGAAGCAGAGGGCGCACAGGGCAGCAAAAAUGGGGGGCGGAUGGGCACUGUGGCUGAUAGACGUCUGUCGGAGCAGCAAGGACCACUGCCUCUGUGGAUGUCACCUGACACUGCAACCACCAUUCUGCAUCAAGCUAUUUCAGAUGCUGGUGGUGUGGGAAAUGUGGAGCGUGGUGGUGGGGAGUUGGGAGCGGUGAACAAUCAGGCUGGUCAGUGCACAUCUUGGUGUGCAUUUCUUUGA